AUGUUCCUCUCUAACAAGAUUGAGGAUACCGUGCGGUAUCUUUUGAGCAGCGCUGUAUCUCUUAAGGAUGAAAAACAUGAAUUAGAAAUGACCCAAAAUUUGAACCUGGCCCGUCAGGAUCGGAUACAAGAUGUUUGUGACCGUUAUCCACCAAAGAUUGGAUUGAAUGAGCUACCUCAGAGUGAACUGGACCAUAUUAUAAUAGACGACGAACGUAAACUUCUUUAUUGCUAUGUUCCUAAGGUAGCAUGCACAAACUGGAAAAGGCUUUUGAUGAUCUUGGCUGGGAAGUGGAAUGGAACAGAUAUAUUGGCCGUACCGGGCCAUUUGGCCCAAGCUCCUGGAGUGUUCCGAGAGUUAAGCAACGUGACCAGAGAAGAAAGAGAUUAUAUGUUAGAGAAUUAUAACAAGAUGAUCAUAGUCAGGAAUCCAUUUGAAAGAUUACUGUCUGCCUAUAGAAAUAAGUUCGAGGGGACUACACCCAGCGCAAAAUAUUUCCAGGAACGUGCUGGGAAACUUAUAAUCAAAGCAUUCCGUGAAAAUCCAACGGCAGAAUCGUUGAAUAACGGUGACGACGUGACAUUCAAAGAGUUUGCGUUGUUCGUAUUGAACAAAUCUGAGAACCUCAAUAAUAUGGUAAAUAACGAGCAUUGGACGCCCAUCACGAAGUUAUGUCAUCCAUGCCUUAUCAACUACACUUUAGUCGGUAAAUAUGAGACCUUACACGACGAUGCUCAACUGGCAUUAAAGACGAUUAACGUUACAAACAUUCAGCUACCACACUUGAGCCGGACGUCAGGAACUGCAGAAAAACUCCAUAGCUACUUCUCACAGCUCGACCUACCGCUCAUAAGAGAGCUCUAUAAACUUUUUGAAAAUGACUACAGAAUGUUUGAUUAUAAUUUAAAUAAUAUCGUUGGAUUUGAUUUAGGGUAG